CCUGCCUCAGUCAGCCUUGUUAAUGGAUAAACCACCACCUGCUGAGGUAACACUGAAACCAGCUGCAGCCCGGAAGGAGAGACAGACUUAAGUUCGACUUUCCGGAAUGAAAACAACCCUAUUCUAGGUUUCACACAGGCUGCAUGACCCGCACACACGUGUGGUCACCGGAACUCCCGUUUUUGACACAGAAACCCCACGAAGCGACACCGAGGGUCGAGCUGACAUGAAUGUUUUUCAACCACAAGCCAAACUUCCCUUCUGACCGCGGAGAGAGGCGGACAUCCAGCAGGGGACUUCCAGCGGCUUAAUACCUGGAGAUGGACCGGUACAGGUACUUCAUUUUCAACCAGAAGAGCGUGCUCGUCCUCGGCGUCCUGCAGGUGGCUUGUGCGGGUCUUUGUGUGGUGUGCGGGUUCAUGGACGCUGUUUUCCGCAGGGAUACCCCGCUGAGUACCACCAGGACACCGGUAUGGGGAGCACUGAUCAUGGCCUCUCCAGGUGUUCUGGCCCUGUAUGCCUCCCAAAGGAAAAACUCAGUGCUGGUGAGUGUGAUGGUGGUAGCAGCAGGACUCUCCUGCGUGGCUGCAGUGUUUGUAUCAUGUUACUCCUGUGUGACCCUCACCUACGGAGAGGAGGAUGAAGAGGUCUUCCACCACCACGACAGUCCUCAAGUGACGUUUGUGCUUCAUCGGAUGGUGAAAGGGGCCAACGCCACCAUACUGCUGACCUGCACCAUCAGCCUGGCUCUCUCCUCUCUCAUUGCCUAUUUGGGCUGCCGUAGUCUUCCCUGCUGUGGCUGCUAUGAUGCCAGGACUGGAUUGGAGACACUGGUUCCUCAGUGUGACCAUGGGGACACUGAGAUGGUUUGUACUUGGCAAGCAACUGGCGAUGACAGGCUCUUCAACUCUCCAGCUCAGUCCACUGACCAGGGCACCACUGAGGAAGAGGGUCCCGCCAAACGGCCUCCGUACGUCAGACUGGCCUGACACAUUAGAGACUGGUCCUACACAUCCCUGUUUCCUCCACUCCAGACAGGAGGGGGAUCUCAAGACACAACCAAUUUAAACAAUGCCGAAGUUGUAUGUGUGACAUGUCAAGACUGAAAUUCCCAAUAUGCUGUGUGAAAGUGACUUGUUUUAUCUAUAGAUUCUAUGAUUUUAUGUGUAUUUGAUAAAUAAAACCUGCCUGAUGUUUCAAGCUA